AUGUCGAUAAUACCAACUACCUCCAACAUUACUUUACCACCCUGGCCUCCUGUAUAUCCAGAACAACAGGACGAGGGAGAAGGAUACAAUUCGGAAUCCGGUUCGAGUUCCAGCGGUUCGUCUUCCAACCAAUUGUUUACCCCUGGAAUGUCAAACGCUUCGUCCUCUUCAGCCAGCUCGUCACCUGACUAUCCUAUGAAACGCUCAUUACCCCGCUCGCAGGGAGUCCAAAGUUGCGGAUUAGGGUUAGGAGUGGAUAUCGAUAGAUUAAGUAUCAAUACGGAUUUCUCAAUAGAAAAGGAAUCAAUAGAUGAAGAUGAAGUUCUCUAUUACCAUCAAUCUCAGCGAGUUGACAGGGUAAAUCCCAAUCAGGCGAAUGGAAAUAUCAAUUCGGCUAAGACGAUAACGGAGAAUCCACAAUUACCAUUUCCCAUAAGUGAUUUUCAAACGGAUAAUCUUCUAUCUGCCCCUCAACCGAAUCACAUUCAAAAUCAGAAUAAUCCACAUAUAUUGAGAUAUCACGAUGAAUCCGUUGCUCCUCUCUCCCAACAUCACCAUCAAAUUCAGAGGUGCUCAACGCCGAUAUAUAAUGAUCCGCCAUCGCAUUUAUUUGGGUUUGGGUACGGGAUGGGUUUGGGUAAUGGGUAUGAUCAGAGUAGUUGGAGUAGGAGGAAGAUCGCUUUUGUAACUGGAAUAACGGGUCAGGAUGGAUCAUAUUUGACAGAAUUGCUCCUAUCCAAAGGAUAUACAGUCCACGGUCUAAUCAGAAGAUCCUCCUCAUUCAAUACCUCACGAUUACAACAUCUAUGGAGAGAUCAACAUUCAUUGAACAUCAAAGGCAGUACGGCCAAUAAGCUGUUCCUGCAUUAUGGUGAUCUGACUGAUUCGGCAAAUCUUGUUAGUCUAAUUGCUAAAACGCAGCCCUCGGAAGUAUAUAAUCUAGCUGCACAGAGUCACGUUAAAGUAUCUUUCGAGAUGGCUGAAUAUACUGGAGACGUGGAUGGAUUAGGUACAUUAAGAUUACUAGAAGCCAUACGAACAUGUGGACUCGAAAAACUCACUAAAUUCUACCAAGCUUCCACCUCCGAAUUGUAUGGCAAAGUGAAAUCUACCCCUCAGAAUGAGGACACACCAUUUCACCCUAGGUCGCCUUAUGGAGUGGCUAAAUUGUAUGCUUAUUGGAUGACGGUCAACUAUAGAGAGGCAUAUGGGAUGUUCGCUUCCAAUGGAAUUCUGUUCAACCAUGAAUCACCCCGUCGAGGUCGUACUUUCGUUUCCCGCAAGAUCACACGAGCAGUUGCGGAGAUAUAUCUAGGUAAACAGGAUUGUAUGUGGAUGGGUAAUUUGGAUGCUAAGCGGGACUGGGGACAUGCUAAAGACUAUGUAGAAGGAAUGUGGAGGAUGUUACAACAUGAUAAAGCAGAUGAUUUCGUGUUAGCCACUGGUCAAACCCAUACAGUCCGACAUUUAAUAUCCUUAUCAUUCUCGAUCCUCUCCAUCCCACUUAAAUGGGUUGGCGAAGGCAUUGACGAACAUGCCAUACGGACCGAUACGACCCCUCCAAGGGUGGUUGUGCGGAUCGAUCCAAGGUAUUUCCGUCCUGCGGAAGUAGACUUGCUGUUGGGUGAUGCUUCAAAGGCAGAGAACGAACUGGGUUGGAAGAGAUAUUGGGAUUUUGAAAUGUUGGUAAGGGAUAUGGUGGAAAGUGAUGUCAGGUCUGCGAAAGGUCUAGUAGAGGAUCAUAAUUAG